GGUUGGAAUCAGAGUUGUUUCAGUUCUGAGGCUGCUGAAAGUUGUCAAAGAAACAAACUGCUGCAGUCACUCUGGGACACUGUGGGAUGUGGAAAAAAACAGGCUGAAGGAGGCAGAUUCAGAUUCUCUUCUGUUGCUUGCUUGGUGCUGAAGGAGCUGAAUGUGAACUGCAAACUGUCCAAGAAUAAAACUGAACAGGACUGCUUUUUUAAAAAUAAUAAUAAUAUUAUUAUGGGCAGCCUUCAGUUGGAUGAUUUUGUAGCUGGAUGGGUAGGAGGAGCUGCUGCUGUAAUUGUGGGACAUCCUCUGGACACAGUAAAGACUCGCUUGCAAGCUGGACAAGGCUAUGGAAACACAUUUAAAUGUGUUCUCACUGUCUACAGGAAUGAAGCUGUGGCUGGGUUCUUCAAGGGAAUGUCUUUCCCACUAGUUAGCAUUGCUAUCUACAACUCAGUGGUCUUUGGUGUAUUUAGCAGUACCCAAAGGCUCAUUAGCCAACAGCGCUAUGGGAAUUCUCACCAUCCUCCAUCACUUGCGGACUUGGCUUUAGCAAGCAUGGCAGCAGGGGCUGUUUCAGUUGGAAUUGGUGGUCCAGUUGAUCUGGUAAAGAUAAGGCUGCAGAUGCAGACACAAACGUUUAUUGCAGCAGCCAACUUAAACCUGAAGCACAGAGCGGCUGGCUUUUCAGUAGAGACUGCUUACAGAGGUCCAGUUCACUGUGUUGGCAUGAUCCUUCGGCAAGAGGGUUUAGGGGGGUUGUACCGCGGUUCUUCUGCCAUGAUUCUGAGGGAUAUUCCAGGAUAUUGCUUAUACUUCAUCCCUUACACGUUACUUUGUGGAUGGAUCACUCCAGAUGGAUGCCUUUCUCCAAGUCCCUUUUCUGUGUGGAUGGCCGGUGGCAUUGCAGGAGCAAUAUCUUGGGGAACAGCCACUCCUAUGGAUGUUGUCAAGAGUCGCCUUCAAGCUGACGGGGUUUAUUUGAACAAAUACAGAGGAGUCAUUGACUGUAUCUCCCAAAGUUACCACAGUGAAGGUCUAAAAGUCUUUUUCAGGGGCCUUACAGUGAAUGCAGUGCGAGGAUUCCCAAUGAGUGCUGCCAUGUUUCUUGGAUAUGAACUUUCACUCAAAGCUCUAAGAGAACAAGCAGAAGCAAAUCCUUGAAUUCCAGGGAACUUCUGUACUUGAGCAUUGCUUUCACUUCCUGAACCAAAUCAACUGCACGGCCUUGAUCAGAAACUUGAUUUUACCAACGUGGCAUAUGAAGUGAAGAAAUUUCAUCAGAGAAUGUUCUGUUCACGAUGAGUGAUUUUUGAUAUGGUACAUGGACUGAAGAGUUUCAAGGAUGGAUCAGCUGAAUUCUCAUUCAAAUCCUUUCUCUUCUAAAAUGUUUUGUUCUAAAGACAAAAACAAUUUUAACAUGCACAUGGUUGUCUGGCAAUGAUAAAAAACGUUUAUUGGUGAAGUAAGAGUGCAACAUGUUCUGCUGGGAAACGACCACAGAUGUCACUUUCUAGAACCAUCAGUAAGUAGUUAAUUGUGGCCCUUGAAGAAUCAAAGAAAAUAUAUUCCCGUGUACUCAAACUGUCUUCCUGUUUGUUGCCAUGUGACUAGAUACUUUAUCUGUUGUAAGACAAGAAAGAAUGUAAUAACCUCAUGAAGAGUUUAAGCAUUUAUGUAGCAAAUUUACACUUUUGAUUCUUUCCCCCCAUUCCAAAUGUAACUCAAUGUGAUAAAAUUCUUUGCACUGUCCCAUGAUGUUGCGCUCUCUGACAUUUUAUCUUAUGGAGCAUGGUUCGUUGCACCAAAUGAGAAUCCAAAUGUAAGAUCAAGUAAAUCAGGUGGAAUCACUGUAUAUCUGCCAUCCAUUCAGCACUGCUGUGGGUAUCUGACUCCUAGUUG